AGCUUCCAGUUGACGGAAGUACUUCGUUGGACACUCUGGUUAGUGCAGUGAUCUCAGCUAUAUCAUGUAGAAUGAUGAUACUUUCACCUUGUCGCUGGCUUAACCCAUUGUGUCACAUGAGUCAUAGCGAGAGAAACCGAUAACCUAUACUACUUAUAAAGCAAAUAUUUCAGAAUGCUUCGCAAAGGAUUCCGUUAGUGGAUGCUUGACUAUCUGGUCGAGCAAAUGAAAGUGGCUACUACAUUUGUGAAAUGAAACUAUCAGCUUGCUUUUUACUGAGCAUUGUGACACUAGUGCGUGCGCAAUUUGACACACAUCAGUGGAGUAAUCGUAGUGGAAUAGUGCACCUUUUCGAGUGGAAAUGGAAAGACAUCGCAGAAGAGUGCGAAAGAUUUUUGGCACCCAAAGGUUAUGCAGGAGUUCAAGUGUCACCCCCUACAGAAAACUCGAUCGUAAAGGAUCCCAAUCGACCAUGGUGGGAGCGAUACCAGCCAAUUUCUUACAAAUUAGAGACUCGUUCGGGAGCAGAACAACAGUUUGCUGAUAUGGUGCGUCGAUGCAAUGCUGUAGGAGUGAGAAUAUAUGUUGAUUUGGUUAUUAAUCACAUGGCUGCAACGACUGUCUCUGGAGGAACAGAAGGUUCCACCGGAAACUCAGAUGCGAAGCAAUAUCCAGCUGUUCCCUAUGGAUGUGACGAUUUUCAUGAGCCUUGUUCUAUCAAUGAUUACAACGACGCUAUGCAAGUAAGAAAUUGUCAGCUAGUUGGACUACCGGAUCUGAAUCAAACAAUUCAAUGGGUACAAGAUAGAAUUGUGGACUUGAUGAAUAGUUUAGUGGAUUAUGGAGUUGCAGGAUUUAGAGUGGAUGCAGUCAAACAUAUGUGGCCAGCUGACUUAAAAGUGAUUUAUGGAAAAGUCAAGAAUCUCAACUCUAGUCAUGGUUUUCCAUCUGGUGCUCGACCGUUCAUUUCCCAAGAGGUAAUCGACCUGGGAGGGGAAGCGAUUUCACGUGAUGAGUACACUGAUCUAGGAGUCGUCACUGAGUUUCGAUACUCAGUGGAGAUUGGUCGCGCAUUUCACGGAAACAACAAAUUGAAGUGGUUAAGCGGAUGGGGACCAGCUUGGGGAUUUAUGCCUUCCGAAGUGGCGCUUGUAUUUGUUGACAAUCACGAUAACCAAAGAGGCCAUGGUCCUGGAGGAAGCAAUGUUCUUACAUACAAAAGCUCAAAACAUUAUAAGAUGGCAAACGCAUUUAUGUUGGGCCAUCCUUAUGGAAUACCACGUAUAAUGAGUUCAUUUGCAUUUGAUUCCUCAGAUCAGGGACCUCCCCAGGAUGAACAAGGGAACAUUAUAUCACCAUCAAUUAACGUAGAUGGUAGUUGUGGGAAUGGAUGGAUUUGCGAACACCGUUGGCGACAGAUUUACAACAUGAUAGGUUUUCGGAAUGCAGUCGCUGGUACUCAGAUAAAUGAUUGGUGGGAUAACGGAAACCAGCAGAUAUCAUUCUGCCGUGGAGGGAAAGGAUUUAUUGCAUUCAACUUGGAUACCUACGACUUUAAUCGCGAGACGCAGACAUGUCUUCCAAAUGGAACUUAUUGUGAUGUUAUCUCUGGAAGCAUAGUGAAUGGAACCUGCACAGGCAAAAGAAUUGCUGUUAAUUCAUCCGGUUAUGCAAAAAUCCAUAUUCCAGUUACUGCUGAAGAUGGUGUACUCGCGAUACACAUAAACGCAAAGAUAUAAUGCCGUGACACCGUACAAUAUGCACAUUCUACAUGCAAAUUAAACGAAUCUUACAUUAUUUUUCAAAACCAUGCUGGUUUCCCACAUUCGAUUAUCUUCAAUUUUCUGCAGACUCGAUAAAUCACUUAAAAGGAAUCAGAUUUUAGCUUUAUUACGUCGUUAAGAAGCGAUCCUACCUCCAGCAAUACAUUCAAUGCUCGCAAUAGUACCGUUACCGUCAAUCCUCAACUGGCUUAUGCAGGAUAGGCAAACAAUGCUUAAUAGGAGCAUAUUAUGGUUCUUUAUUACGGUCCGUGGUGCUGUAUUUGCGCGUCCCAAGUGGACUCUACACAAAUUGCUGGUCGUAAAUGUAAAUGGAAAUGCACCAAAGCGACUCAGGCAAGUGAUACGUUCUUGGAAAUACUGGGAAAAGGCAACGCGGUUGAUGUCCAGACACGGAUCUCGUCACAAACAGAAGCUCAUCAUAAAUGCUCGUAAGUUGCGAUCGGCAAUACUUACGUGGUAGUGCCUCUAAUUAAUAAUAGCUAUUAAGUGAAUAAAUUAUGUAACUAUUGCUGAA